AUGCUUGAUGCCGACGAGGAUGAUGAAGUGGUCGGGGAACUCCGGCAACAGACUGCCCCCAGGCCGGAGUCUGACAUUGCGGGGAUUCCGGAUAGUGCACAGAGUCAGGAGACCAUCGUUGUGAGCGCAGCAGCGGAUGAAAGUCGCUCCAAAGAGACUGCCCUUGUCCAAGACAACGGCACGCAGGACAGGAGCGGCAGCCGAUCCUCCGGCGCGUCGGCCCUCGAGGAGCUCCUGAAGUCCCAGGCUUCACCUAUGGAGCGGGGGCGAAGCGCACGAGACGGUGAGCCUUCCACGUCAAACUUGCUUGACCUCUUCGAGAAGGAGCUGCCUCGUGACAGACGCACUUCCUUUUCACCCAUGGCUGCCGAAGACCACAUCACCGAAUCGCUCCCAGCGUCCCUGUCUACAGCCCUUACACAAGCACGCAUGGCGCGCGCCACAGCCGCCGCGGAGCGCGCCGAGCGUGCCAGCGGCAGCCGCAGCACCAGCAAAGACUCUGUGCUGACGGAUCGCUCGCUGGCCCCCCCUGAUCGGAUAUCCAGCAGAGCAAAGGACAUGUUCAAGAAGGGCGUAGUGUCCUCCAUGAGCUCUGUGACUUCCCAGGCAGGCGCUCGGUCUUCGACGUCUGUUCGUGCCUUCCCUCGAGAGCAGCUGAAGCGCAUCAGCGAUGAAGUCAAGGAGAUGAGGGAGAAGUACGAGGCCAUGUUCGUGGAGAAGAUGGAGUUUUUUUCUGUGGCCGAUCGUGUCGCAAGGAUAGAAGUCUCGUUGCAAGAGCAACUUGGCAAAGGAGGUAAUUUGAUUAAUGCUCUCAAAGCGCUGAGAACGGAGAGCAGGCAGCAUCAGGAGGGUCAUGAUGAAGUCCUCGGUAAACUAGCAGAGAUCAAUGCUGCCACGGUCGACAACACUGCCCGCCUCCGCGAUGAACAACAUCGUGUAGAGAACGCAGCAGACCAUGCUUUUCGCACAGCAAAGAACUUGGAGCAGGUCAGCAGCAAUCUGACCGUGACCAGAGAGGCGUUGGGGGAAGACGUGGGACGCAUGGCAAAGGCCGUGCAGGCUUUAGCCACGGAGGUGAAGUUAAUCGAUGAGGAGCAUCGCAGCUUCCGUUCACAGCAGGAAAAUGAAAGGGCGAACAUGGAAGGUGGAGAUGGCUACAAGGGCUGGUUUGCCAAGAUGAAACAACAGAUGCAAGACCAGGAGUACUUGCAUUCUGUAAUGGUGCGUGAUUUGCAGUACGUCAAGCAGCAGUUCGACUCCUGUGCGACCGAGGCAGACCUGCGAAAGGUCCAGGAAAAGCUGCAAGACGUGCAGGAGGAGAACGGCAGGCUUCAGGAGUUCGUGCACGAAAAGUUCUUCGAAGUACAGGACCAAGAAAGACGUGAGAUGAUGGACAAGUUCGCAGCAAAGUGGGAUCCGUACAAUAAAGGCCGGCUGCUGCGAGCCACCAUGGACAACUGGGCAAGCUUCGUCAAGCACCUGAACAAGACAAGGGAGGCUCUACGACGAGUCAAGCAUGUGUACGCCAAGACGCACGUCACCGCCCGCUUGAGAUCGUGGUGGUACUUGAUGCAGAGGGAUCACACCGACAGCCAGUUCCGAAGCCUCUCUGAAAAUCUGGAGACGCAGGAGGCCAAGCUCGAGGGUGCCCGAGGAGCGCUCCUGAGGCACGAGAAGGUCACAGCCGAACAGAGCCGAAGCCUCCAGUACAGAGUCCUUGCGGUCGAGAAGGGUCUUGAGGCGGCAGAGCGCGACAAGGCGACCAAGGAGGAGAUGUUGGAGAAGUUCGGCUCCAUUGAAGACCGACUUCAGAAGGAGCUGUCGCUGGAGCCAAUCCGCCAGGCCUUGGACGAGCUCCGGGCGGAUGUCCGGCAGCUCCAGGCCCAGAAAGUGGAUGAAGCAGAUGCUGCCCUGGACCGGGAGAAGGCGAUGGUGCUGCUGCGCGUCACAGCUCGAGAAGUUGGCUCGGGUGCAGCACGAGGACUGGGCAUUGGACCCCUGUGGCAUCUCCUUCGCAGUUGCCAAGGAGGGCUCCAGGAGGAUGCUGCGAAGCAGGUGACCGUAGCCGUAGACCUCGCCCGACGGGCAGCAAGCUGCUGUGCAGAGCUUCCGUCGGCCUGGGCGGAGACGCAGAGUUUGUGGCAAUUCAGCGAUGCUUGGCCAUCCCAUGUGGCGAAGCUCCUCAUUGCAUUGACAGACGGGGCGAGACGAGCUACGGAGACCUGCGGACCGGGCGCCGAUGCAGCGCUUCGCUGGGCCGAAGCCGCGGCAGAGCGCUGCUGGUCCCCAGGCGCGGCAUCUUCCCCCGAAGCAGAGGCGGCCCAAGCAGCUCUGCAGGGCGAGCUGGAGUCGGCGGCAUCUCUGGCGAGCGCGAGGACACGACAAAUGCUCGCGACUGCCGAGCAGCUUGAGUCCGUGGGCGAAGAGGGAAGUGGGCAAGCUUUGGCCCAACUUCUCCGAAGCCUGUCUCUUGGCACGCCUGUGAACCGGAUCCCGGAGUUCCAGGAUGCAGAGCCUGGCCUGCUAGUUCGCUUCUUCUGUGCUGCUGCAUCCACCGCCCUGCUGGAACUGCGCACAAUCAAUUUGGCCGUGCACCUCACGUGGACCAGCCGGCACGAGGAGACCCCAGAGCUGCGCGAAGCAGAUUCAGAGAUUAUGAUGUCUCUGCGUGCUUCUGGCAGCUACCUGCGCCCUGAGGUUCUUGGGUACUCUGAGUUGCGCCGCCGCCUUGAGACGAGUCGUGAGCCCCUGUCACUGAGACGCGCCCGCGCACUCGGGCAGAUUGGGGAAGUGGCCAACAAAACUGAGGAGGCGUUGCUGGUCAUCGGCCUAUCCAUGCACAACACCUACAGCCAAGUGAUGCACUGCAAAGAUGAGGUGCGAAAGCAUUUGCCAGAAGGAGUGCGCGUGCUGCUGCUCGAGGAGUACUUUGUAAAGAACGCGCCGCAGCUGGCGAUUGAAAUGCGAAGCGAGGAACAAGAUCCGAGGGUGGAGCUGGUCCUGAGGCCAACUUUUGGCUUGCAUUAUCGCGAUGCAGACUUGUGGGACCAGGCUCCCUCUCUCGCGAGGAGGAGAUGUGUGCAGGCGCGCACCUGCUGGAGAAUGCAAUUGCACGAGGCUGGGCCUAGUCUGCUCGUCGAGACUUCUGGGGACGACCACCCAACUGACCCAGGCUGCUGGUAUCGCCUGCCUAGCGGCUGCCCGACUUCAGUGGACCCGCUCUUGCAGCAGCGCGACUGGCGCAGAGAUGCCUGGGGCGAAAAAUCCUUUGGAGCAGGCAUUGACGCUAGAAGCUGUCUUGAGCUGCGCAGAACCUCAUUCAACCAGUGGUGUGGCAUCCAAGAUGUCCAAAUGCACUACGUGUCAGAUUCGUCAAAGUGGCAAGCCAAAAAAGGACCUCGUGUUGCGGAAGUGCUCAGCGCGUUGUCCAGCUCGGAGAGGCUGAGCAUGGUCGGCGUCGAAGGUCUCGAAGCGGAGGUGAACCGUGCUGGUCUGCCCGGUGCGUUUGAGAGCUAUGUCUGGUGGCAUUCAAAGACGCUCGCCAAGCUGAAAGCAGGUGCCGUGACCAGCGUGAAGUUUCUUGUCUGGGCCUGCCAGCCUGCCUUGCCCUGUGGUGGUCACGGGGACCGGCUAAAGGGCAUCGUGGCAGCCUUCGUGUUGGCAGUCCUCACUGGGCGCCUCUUUUUGCUGGACUCUCCUGACCCCUGGGACCUGCGACUCUUCCUGGAGCCGG